CUAUAUCAUGUCCUCACAGCCGAGUGUCCCAAUCCUCAAGUAGAGGGAAAUGUUGUUCUAACGAAUGAUGCGCUAUUAAUUGACAAUUUUCCGGAGGGGAAGGAAGCCACUUUUGAGUGUGUCAACGGCUACUUGAAAGAGCAAGGAUCUGAAAGUAUCACCUGCACGAGUGGAGAGUGGAGCACGCUCGAAUUAACCUGCAAAAAGAAGGACUGUGGUUCCCCCAGGAAGAUACCACAUUUGACAUAUGAGUUUAAGGAAGGCACGCUUUUUGGUGCAUCAGCAAGAGCAAUCUGUGAUAAAGGUUAUCAACUUAUGGGCACAAGUUACAGGCAGUGUUAUGCCACAGGUUGGAGUGGAAGACCAAGAUGUAAAGUGGUAACUUGUGAUAAACCUCCUGAGAUAAUGAAUGGCACGAUCAUAGAGAAGCCUGGCGAAGAGUUACCAAAGUAUGGUUGUGUCAUACAGUACUCCUGUAACGAAGGUUACACCCUCAUUGGAAACAAAUCAAUUGAGUGCAUUGAAGAUGGUGAAUACAACUCAUUACCUCCUGAAUGUAAAGAUGUCAAUGACAUUCUUUUGAAACCAACAACUAUAUCAACAUCAUCAAUAACAACAACAUCAACUGUUCUACCCACAAUACGAGGUAGAGGAAAUCCAAAUGUCAAUGACAUUCUUUUGAAACCAACAACUAUAUCAACAUCAUCAGUAACAACAACAUCGACUGUUCUACCCACAAUACGAGAUGUCAAUGACAUUCUUUUGAAACCAACAACUAUAUCAACAUCAUCAAUAACAACAACAUCGACUGUUCCACCCACAAUACGAGUUUCAGGGAGGAAUAAUGGCAUUGGGGAACAUGACACCAAUGCAGCUACUGAGAUUGCAGCAGUUGUGGGAAGUGGGAUCGGCACUGUCAUAACUCGUACCAGUUUGGAGAAGACCGAAGUCGAACAGAGGAAUUAUUACAAUUUCAAAAUAACUAAGUUGAAUGCCUACCCAAGGUACCUACAGUUCAUACAUAUCAUUAUAUUAAAACCAUUAUUCACAAAUAUGUUCACCAUCUUUUAACCAAAGUCUCACUCAUAUGACUAUACGGUUUGUCUUUGAGCUUGAGUAAUCUAAAUAGUGACACUAUUGUUAAAACUGCUCCGCUGAGUCAAUGCUUUGUCUAAAAUGUCUCAUUUCUUUCCAGGGCUAGGACUGCACCUAUCUGCUAGUCUGCAUCUGUAGCCUUGAAAAGUAGUGCCAGCGGAUUGUUCCUCUGACCAUUCCCUGGUUGGACAAAGCCAUUUAAUUUACAGUGCCCUUAUGUAUGUGGCAAUACUGAAUGGAAGUUAUAAUUGCACUUUUUAUUAAGUUGUUUUUAAAAGUCAGUUCAGCUGAAAUGUUUUAACCCAAUGUUUGAAAACCGGUAUUGAAAUAUUAUUUUUCUCUAUUUAUAUACAAAACUGAAAUAUACGUAAUUGUCUUUUCAACUGCCAUAUUUGACUACAGGCUGCUAGCUUGAUCUGUUGUGUGGGCAGAAGCCCCUGUAAUGAGAUUAGUGCACUAAACAAAAUGUAUGAUUGAGGAAAUUCCCAGGCUGAUAAUCACUGACCAUUUCUAAAUGUGUGCUUACUGAUUGUGGCUCACAGGAAAAUAACAGUAUGAGACAGUUUCCUGGACCCAGGUUAAGCCUACAGCACUGUAUUCCUUUUCAAGUAGGCUUAAUCUGGGUCCAGGAAACCAGCUCUUCAUGUUAUUUUCCGGCAGCCCCAAAUGUCACAAAAUAAUGUCAAUCUUAUUUACUUAGAGGUUUUGUACUUUGAUUUUCUAGUGUGUAUUGUGUGAUUUAAGAGAUCAAAUUACUUUUAUGAUAA